CGUGAAUUUUUCAAGAUGGCAGAAAAAGAAGAUGAACCCACUCCGGCAGAAGAUAUUGUUGUCACCAAGUAUAAAAUGGCCGGUGACAUGGUCAAUGGUAUAUUGAAGGAGGUUAUAGGAAAGUGUGUAGAUGGAGCAUCUGUCCUUAGUAUAUGUGUGUUUGGAGACACCAGAUUAAAUGAAGAGACGGGAAAAGUGUUCAAAAAAGAUAAAGAAAUGAAAAAAGGUAUUGCCUUCCCAACAUGUGUCUCAGUAAAUAAUUGCAUUUGCCAUUUUUCUCCCCUCAAAAGUGAUCCAGAUGUGACAAUAAAGAAUGGUGAUGUAGUUAAAAUAGAUUUGGGAGCACAAAUAGAUGGUUUUAUUGCAGUUGUUGCUCAUACACUAGUAGUGGGAGCAUCAGAGAGUAACAAGGUAACUGGUCGUAAAGCAGAUGUAAUGAUGGCAGCAGUUAAUGCAGCAGAAAUAGCUUUACGUAUGGUCAAACCUGGUGCUGAGAAUUACACAGUUACAGACGGAAUACAGAGAGUAGCAGAGGCAUUUAAAUGUAAACCUAUUGAAGGAAUGUUGUCACAUCAAUUAAAGAAAAAUGUUAUAGAUGGUGAGAAGGCAAUAAUUCAGAAUCCCUCUGAAAAUCAGAGGAAAGAUCAUGAAAAAUGUGAGUUUGAUGUAUAUGAAGUAUAUGGUAUAGAUGUUUUAGUCAGUUCUGGUGAAGGCAAGGGAAGAGAGAUGGAUACCAGGACAACAGUGUUUAAAAAGAAAGAUAUAGUCUAUCAACUUAAAAUGAAAGCUUCUAGACAAUUCCUCAGCGAGACGGAAAAGAAAUUUGGUCUAAUGCCAUUUACUCUCAGGUUAUUUGAUGAAGAGGUGAAGGCCAGGAUGGGAGUUGUAGAAUGUGUCAAGCAUGAUUUGGUACAACCAUUUAAUGUUCUCUAUGAAAAACCAGGAGAGGUGGUUGCUCAGUUCAAGUUUACUGUGAUUCUCAUGCCUAAUGGACCACUGAAAAUAACUGGCCUUCCAUUUGACACAGAUAUAUAUGAGACGGAAUACAGUGUACAAGACGAAGAUCUUAAGGCUUUACUAGCCCAGUCAGCGUCACGUAAAGCUGCGAAGAAAAAGAAGAAGCGAGCUGGUAAAGCUGUAGCGGAGCAAGCUGAAGGUGGUGUAGAGAUGGAAGCAUGAAAAACCUGUUAAAUUAUCAUACAUUUACUCAUUUAUUUCAACAAGUGCUAAAUUUGAUUAGAAAUGUUGAGAAAGUGCUACAGUUGUAAACAUGUUGUGAUAAACUUGGAAUUGUUGACAAGAAUUGGUGGUUAAUGCAUUUAGGGGCUUGAUCUGAUUUUUACUUUACAUGUACAUCAAAUUUUAUUACUAAAAGUUUGAAUUCCUGAAAUUUAUUACAUAAUGUUUUUAUAUUUUUGAAGUAGCAGAAAUCAAAAUGACUGAGAUUUAAAAUGAAUUUUUUUUUUUUUUUAAUUUACUUUGAUGGGUAAAAUGUCCAAAAUCAUUCUUCCUACAGGUUUAUUAUUUUAUAUUGAAGUAUUUGGUUACACUAUCAGAUAGAAAUUAGUUAAAAUAUACCUUGAUAUACUGAGAUUUUUCUGUGACUCAGGCUUAUUGUUAGUGAAAACAUUAAAGUUUUAAGAUGCAAUUUUGAUUUGUGUUAGAGAAAGAAUAAUAAGAGUAAUAAUUUUUUUGUUUUUGAGCAGUGUAAUGUAAAGUAAUGUUAAUUCAGAUAUUUUGGUGAAAUGCAUAGAAAUGGGAAUUAGGGGAAAGGGUAUAAAAUUCUGUAUGAUUGAUAAAUAUCUAAAACUCCUGCUGUUGAUUAUUUAUUUGUUAAAUUGGCAAAUCUUCUGUAAAGAAAAUGAAUUUGAAAAUUUUACUAUUCACAAUAUUUAAAGAGAUAUUUGAAUAUAUAGUGCUGAAUUAUAUUCAAAAUUUGUCACUGUUUAUUUCUGAACAGCAUGGAUUAAAAAAAAUUAGAAAAAUC